CCCUAGGUGGAUAUUAGAAGAAUGUCUCUUGCUAUUAUCCAGAUCUCAACCACUUUUAUUUCCCAAAAGUAGAAACACCCAACGGUUAUUAACCACUUAUGGCAAGUUCCGACGCUUUUUCAAACGUUUCCGGCGAAGCUUCCACCCAAGCUCUUCAUCAACCUUCCUCUCUGAGCACCAAGGUUUCUCAUGACUCUAGAGGAGGAUCAAGAAACUACUACACUCCUAGGGAUAACUUCACAGCUCCCCAACGCUUUCACAGAGACUCUGCCAGCUCUGCUUUCUCCCAGGAAGCCACAAAUAAUCUAAAAAGAAACUAUGAUAGGUUGGAAGGCAGAAUUCCUCACCUUUCAGAAGAGAGAUCUCAGAAUCACAGAGGUGCAAGGAACAUCCCUGAACGUUCACAACACCACCACAGAGCUCCCUAUAAGCCUCAUGGAACCUCUAGAUCAUCCUCACAAUCUGAUAGAUUCCAUACUUCUGGAAAUCUUCACUGGAGGGAAAAAACUCCACUACCUACACAGGUUCAUGGAUCUCCUGAGUUGCCAAAGAGUAGAAGACCACCCCUUGAGAGAACAUCUUUAAACUCUGACCCUCAGACUCCACCUCCUCCUCCCCUUUGGAGACAUGGAUCCCUGGAAGCUACCUCUCCGGGUGUGCCUAUUCCCUCAAAAGACCAAGUCCUAGACCAGAUCAUAGAAGCAGCAGUAGCCUCUGCUCCAAAUUUCAUAUCUCCUAGUUUGGACCCUUCACCACAGAAUAUCAGAGCUUCCCCGAGCAUUGGUUCCCCCUUACCUACCAAGGAACCAGAGAAGCAGGUUAAAAGAGGCCGUGGAAGACCACCUCUAGCAAAACAGAAUGUAAAACCUCCCACGAAGUUAUCAGGUGCAAAAAGCCAAAAGAGAAAUCUUAUUCAAGGCUCACCUAAGAAAACUACUGGCUCAAAAACUUCCUGCAAACCUGUAUCAACACAUGCGGGGCCAAGUCAGACUAAAUCUCCACCAGGGAACCAGUCUAAGUCAGGAUCUUUGCCCUCCUCAAAUUCGGGGUCCUCUAAAGGAAACAAAAAUGAGCAUCUGUUGAUCGCCGUAUUCAUCUAUGCAGAACUGCUAUCAUCAAAUGGAGUAAAGAACAUCAUCUCAACAGCCAAAAAGAGAUUCUAUCUCUCAGAGAACAACUAGAAGAAGCUAUGAAUGAUGACACAGCCUUACAGCUUGGCAUUGACCAACUAAAUCAGAAACUCCUUC